AUGGCUCUCUCCAAGAGCGAGUCUGACGCCCUUCUUAACCGGGCAAACGUCGCCCUUGCCCGUAGUCAGCGACUCGUCUCAUCGUGGCUUCCAGAGAAAACCACGGAAGAGCUAGCCAACACCAAGUCGGAAGAAGAACUACAACGCGAGGAAGAUGAGAUUUUCACAGCCGUUCCUGAGACACUCGGCGUCGGCGCACCUCUCCCCGAAAAAGCCGCUGACGGAAGCUGGAAUCGCACUGAACUGAGCUCGAACGAUCAAUUGCGGAAACAGCUGCUUGGCAGGAACUAUGACAAGGCCAUGAAGGCGUCGGCUGCCGCUAAGCAAGCUUCGAUAGCAGCUAAGGCCGGUGCGUCGGCUCCGACGGGUAAGGCUGGCUCUGCUACACCAGCCAACCAUGAGGACGCCGAUGACGACGAGGAGGAAGGCCGGGCUUCCAUGGUGGGCAAGAACAAGAGGAGAUUUGGCCAGCCUCGCGCCCAGCCUAAUAUGUCUGCCGAUAAGGGGAAUGCAGAGAAUGGGGACAAUCAAACGGUCUUGACAGAGGCGCCUGCCCAAUCGGCUCCUUCGAAGGGGAAGAAGAAGGCUACUAGCUAUCUGGAUGAGCUUUUGGCAGAGAGGUCGAAAAAGAGGAAGAAGCGGUGA